UAAUAAUAAAACAUAUGAUAUUUAUUAAGUGAAUGGAAUGUCUCACUGACAAAUUGUAUUCAUCUUAGAGUACACUUUUAGUUUUUUUAGCAAGCAGAAGUAAAAGAAACGUGUACAGUACACGACGAGAGAAAACAAAUGUCAACACCAAACAAGAGCCUUCAAAAAAAAAAAAAAAGACCUUUUUGCUUUGCACUCUUCUCCUUUCUUCUUCAACUUUACAAAUUAAAAACACACAGAAAUUUCAUUUUCUAUUUCUUGCCUCCAAAUCUUUCAUUCCACCACAAAGAAAACUUCUCUCCUUCUCUCUCUCUCUCUCUCCCUCUCACUAUCACGAGACUCGUCAUGGUUCUGGUUCUGUUCUUCGUCGUCUUCGCGUCUCUUCAUCAGGUUUCGUCAGAAUCUAUCAGCAGAGCGAAUUUUCCAGAUGGGUUUGUGUUCGGUACAGCUUCUUCAGCUUACCAGUUUGAAGGAGCUGCGAAUGAAGGAAACAAAGGCGAGAGCAUAUGGGACACAUUCACCAAGAAACCAGGAAAGAUAUUGGAUUUCAGCAAUGCGGAUACUACGGUCGAUCAAUAUCAUAGAUUUCAUAGUGAUAUAGACCUGAUGAAAGAUCUGAGAAUGGAUGCUUACAGAUUCUCCAUAUCUUGGUCAAGAAUAUUCCCUAAUGGAUCAGGUGAAGCAAACCCAGAGGGAGUCAAGUACUACAACAGCUUCAUAGAUACGCUUUUAGCCAAAGGAAUCAAACCUUAUGUGACAUUGUAUCACUGGGAUCUCCCACAAGCUUUAGAAGACAGAUAUGAAGGAUGGCUAAGCAGAGAAGUGGUGGAUGAUUUCGAGCAUUAUGCAUUCACCUGUUUCAAAGCAUUCGGAGAUAGAGUCAAGUACUGGAUCACUUUCAAUGAGCCAAGAGGGUUAUCGAUCCAAGGCUAUGACACGGGGAUACAAGCUCCAGGGAGGUGCUCGCUUCUGGGGCAUUGGUUCUGUAAGAAAGGGAAGUCAUCGGUCGAACCGUAUGUUGUAGCUCAUAACAUCCUCUUGUCUCACGCUGCUGCUUACCACACCUACCAGAGAAACUUCAAGGACAAACAACAUGGUCGAAUCGGGAUAUCGUUAGAUGCAAAAUGGUAUGAGCCAAUGUCUGAUUGUGAUGAGGACAGGGAUGCAGCUCGUAGAGCGAUGGAUUUUGGUAUUGGAUGGUUUAUGGAUCCUCUAAUCAACGGAGACUAUCCAGAAUCAAUGAAGAGUCUAGUGGAAAAGAGACUGCCAAAGAUAACGCCAGAGAUGUCUAAAAGCAUAAAAGGAGCAUUUGAUUUCUUGGGGAUCAACCACUACACGACAUUAUACGCGAGGAACGACAGAACUCGGAUAAGGAAACUGAUUCUGCAAGAUGCUUCUUCUGAUGCAGCGGUUAUCACAAGCUCUUUCCGUGGAGGAGUAGCUAUAGGAGAAAGAAACAACCCGUUCAUAGACAUGGAGAAGGCAUUACAAGACGACAAGAGGAUCAGGUUCCACAGAGAUUACCUCUCCAACUUAUCAUCUGCGAUAAGGGACGAUGGUUGCGAUGUGAGAGGGUACUUCGUGUGGUCGCUGCUAGACAAUUGGGAGUGGAACUCGGGAUACACGGUCCGGUUCGGGAUCUACUACGUCGACUACAAGAACAAUCUCACAAGGGUUCCUAAAGAAUCUGCUCGGUGGUUUCGAACCAUGCUUGAUUCGGCAGAGAUUGAUCGUAGCUCCUCUUCCUCGUCAGAUUCCAGCGAGCUUCUGCAGGAGGAGGCGAUAGAAGCAGAUGGUAGUAUUAAGCAAGAGUAG